CGGCGGUUGCGCGGCGCGCGCGGUGGUCGCAGAUGCCGGCCCCGCCGCAGGCGGAAUCCCUGCCUCCCUUCUUCCCGGGGGACCGGAAGCUUCCUUCACCCGCCUCCCUUAUGCGGCGGCUCCCCACCUGAUCGCGCCGCCGAUGUGACUGGUUCACCAUGAAUACGCUGGUUCCUGCAGCCAUAACUGAUAUUGCCAGUAGACUUGCAUCCUCUGCCAUCAAGAAAUAUUGGCAGCCGCCAGAUGCUGAGGUGAUUCUGGAGACACUAAGCAGACUGCUGCUAAGAGUUCACAUCAUCAUUGAGGAGGCAGAGGGAAAGCGUCUUGCCAAUGAAGGGAUGCUCCUUCAGUUGCAGAUGUUAAUAGAAGGGAUGUACAGAGGAAACUACUUGCUUGAUAGGUUUAAAUACCCAGCCCUUCAAGAGGACACAAAGGAGGUGAGUUAUGUCUCUUUAUCUUCAAAGUUCAAUCCAGCCAAGCGUCUUUGUUUCUCCAGUCAUAGAAAACCACUGUUUAGCAGCAGCCUAAAAGAGCUACAAGGAAUAAUUGCUACCAUAGAAAAAGGCAUUUCUGACAUGACGGAGUUUGUUGUAUUUUUGAGGAAUUAUCGAGUAGUGCACGACCAGCCUCGUUACACAUACUCAGUUUUGGAAAAUUGCAUAUUUGGUCGUCAAAUUGAACAGGAGCAGGUUCUCAGUUUCUUGCUGCAAACAGAUCAUCUUGGUGAUGAAGAUUUGGCUGUACUUCCAAUAAUUGGUCCAAGAAAAUGUGGGAAAAGUACUCUAGUCGAGCAUGCUUGUCGUGAUCAUAGGGUGCGCAAUCACUACUCUUCGAUUUUGUUCUUUAGAGAAAACAACCUGAAGGAUGUAAACAUGUCAAAUCUGAGAGAGUAUGCUGUAGUCAAGCACCAAAACUAUUCUUCAAGCAAAAGGUUGCUGAUAAUUAUUGAGCUAGCUUGCGAUAUCUGUGAACAAACAUGGGUAAGCUUGAAAUCCUUGAUGAGUUGCUCGGCCCCUGGGACCAAAAUAAUCAUCACCAGCAGGUCAAAUGAGAUUGAGAGUCUGGGAACAACAGCAGCUCUUCGGCUAGACCUCCUGCAUCCAGAAGCCUACUGGUAUUUGUUCAAGACGCUUGCAUUUGGAAGCAGGGACACAGAUGAGCACCCAAGGCUCGCAUCGAUUGCCAUGGAGAUCGCGGCAGAGUACAGAGGGUCCUUUCUGGCUGCAUACAUCAUUGCCGGGUUGCUGAGGGAUAAUUUCAGUGCCCUGUUCUGGUGCUCUGCUCUGAAGCACCUGAGGGCAUACGUGCGCAGCCAGCUCCGCUUGCUUGGUGAUCACCCCAACAACCUCUUGCGGAAGGAUCAAUCGGUGCAUUGCUUGAGAUUUGCCGAGGCCAGCUAUCCCCUGUGGAUGUCUAACUACUAUGAGACCGACUCCUGUCCGGACCGGGCUCCUAAUAUCUCGGACAUCAUGCUAGGAGGUGACACACCUCGCGGGAGGUUUGAGGUUCUGGGAUGGAAGUCCAGGAUGGCGCCUUACUACAGCUACAUGAUAUGCUGCACCACGGAAGCGCCAGGACACGCGGUCUGCAGGAAGCACAGCUAGGCGCUGUAGGGUUAGUUCUGUGAUAAUGGUUUAUGCACUUUGUGGUGAACGAACAUUUCUUUCUCCUUUUUCUUGUAUGGUGAACAACCAUUAAUCGACACUGCUAUUGUGUAUUGUGGAUCUCCCUGACAUCCAAGUUCUGUAAUCAUCUGUGAUCUGAACUACGGUAGUUCAGUCUCGGUAGUAAUUAUAUAAUUAUAUUGUGUUUCUCCCUGGCUAGCUGGUGCUGUGAUGCAUCAGGGUGGAGACCAUCAUCCUCUUGCAAUAUGUCUAGUUCUGUAAUCAGUAGUGCAGUACUCAUCUCUGCCUGCUUGUUUUCUUUCGCUAAUAAGCACACUUUGGUUAUAACAACUGCAUUGCCGA